AUGGCAAAGGGGGGCGAACUGCUGAAUGGUUCUAGCUGAAGGAGGAGGAGGAGGCAGCUGCUGGAGGAGUAGGCAGAGCUGCGAACAGCUCAGGCUGUCUUACUGUCAGCCUUGCUUCCCAUUCUCCCCAUCAAGCUGUGGGUCUCCUCCAUAGGACAACCAUCCCUAUCAGCAUCUGAGCCCCAGCUGCACCCCCCUGGAUUUAGCUGUUCCCUGGUGUCUGCUUCCCUUGCUCUCUCCUGUUGGAGGUAUCAAUGUGUGGACAUGGCUGGAGCACAGCCUGGGGUCCAUGCUCUGCAGCUCAAACGUGUCUGCGUCUCUGAGAACACGAAGAAAGGCUCCAAGUGCAUGAAAUGGGAUGAUGAUUCCACACUUGUCUAUCCAAUCGUCCUUAAAAUGGAUCCUAGUGGAUUUUUCCUUUACUGGACAGACCAGAACAAGGAGACCGAGCUUUUGGAUAUCAGUCUUGUAAAGGAUGCCAGGUGGGGAAAACAUGCUCGAACGCCAAAGGAUCCCAAAUUACGUGAGCAGCUGGAGGUGGGAAACUUCGGAGGCCGGCUGGAGUAUCGCAUGUUUACUGUUGUUUAUGGACCAGAUAUGGUUAACAUCUCUUAUUUGAACUUAGUAGCAUUUCAAGAAGAAAUUGCAAAGGAGUGGACAGAUGAGAUUUUCAAUCUGGCAACCAAUCUUCUGGCACAGAACAUGUCGAGAGAUGCAUUUCUGGAAAAAGCGUACACCAAGCUUAAACUCCAAGCAAACCAGGAAGGUCGGAUUCCGGUAAAGAAUAUAUAUCGUCUCUUCUCUGCUGAUAGGAAACGAGUGGAAACUGCAUUAGAAGCCUGUGGUCUUCCAUCCGGGAGAAGUGAUUUGAUUCCUCAAGAUGACUUCACCCCAGAGGUGUACAGGGACUUCUUAAACAAUAUUUGCCCACGGCCAGAGAUCGACAAUAUUUUUUCAGAAUUUGGUUCAAAAACAAAUCCAUACCUCACCGUUGAUCAGAUGACCGAAUUUAUUAAUUCAAAGCAACGCGAUCCACGAUUAAAUGAAAUUCUCUACCCACCUUUAAAACAGGAACAGGUUCAACAGCUAAUAGAGAAAUAUGAACGUAACAGCACUUUUGCAGCAAAGGGACACAUAUCUGUGGAAGGGUUUAUGAGAUAUCUAAGUGGUGAGGAAAAUGGAGUCAUACCGCACGAGAAACUGGAUUUAAAUGAAGACAUGUCCCAGCCACUCUCUCAUUACUUUAUCAACUCUUCGCACAAUACCUACCUCACAGCUGGACAGCUGGCCGGUAACUCGUCAGUAGAGAUGUAUCGUCAGGUUUUGUUGGCAGGCUGUCGUUGUGUUGAACUGGAUUGUUGGAAGGGAAGAACCGCAGAGGAAGAGCCUGUCAUUACACAUGGAUUUACUAUGACCACUGAAAUAUCUUUUAAGGAAGUUAUUGAAGCUAUCGCCGAAUGCGCCUUUAAGACGUCACCAUAUCCAAUUCUUCUGUCUUUUGAAAACCAUGUUGAUUCACCAAAGCAACAAGCAAAGAUGGCAGAAUACUGCAAGCAAAUAUUCGGAGAUGGGCUCUUAACUGACAUUUUGGAAAAGUAUCCUCUUGAUGCCGGAGUACCUCUUCCAAGCCCAAUGGAUUUAAAGUAUAAAAUCCUGGUGAAGAAUAAAAAGAAAUCAAACAAGUCAUCCAACAGGAGUGCAAAGAAGAAGCUUUCGGAACAAGCGUCCACCGCUUGCAGUGACACGUCGAGCGUGUUCGAACCUUCAUCUCCUGGAGCAGGUGAAGCAGAAAUCGAAAGUGAAGAAGAGGAUGACGAUGAUGAUGAUGACUGUAAGAAAUCUUCAAUGGAUGAAGGCACUGCUGGGAAUGAGGCCAGUGCCACAGAAGAAAUGUCCAAUUUGGUUAACUACAUUCAACCAGUGAAGUUUGAGUCAUUCGAGGCAUCGAAAAAACGAAACAAGAGUUUUGAAAUGUCUUCCUUUGUGGAAACAAAAGGUCUUGAGCAGCUAACAAAGUCUCCUGUGGAAUUCGUAGAAUAUAACAAAAUGCAGCUCAGUCGAAUUUACCCUAAAGGAACUAGAGUAGAUUCAUCAAACUACAUGCCUCAGGUCUUCUGGAAUGCCGGUUGCCAAUUGGUGGCUCUUAACUUCCAAACAGUAGAUUUCUCUAUGCAACUGAAUAUGGGGAUGUACGAAUACAAUGGCAAAUGUGGCUACAGACUCAAGCCAGAGUUUAUGAGGCGACCUGACAAGCACUUUGAUCCAUUUACUGAAACCACUGUAGAUGGAAUAGUUGCAAACACUCUUUCUGUAAAGAUCAUUUCAGGACAAUUCCUUUCAGAUAAAAAAGUUGGCACUUACGUUGAAGUGGACAUGUUUGGGUUACCUGUUGACACGAAGCGGAAAGCUUUUAAAACUAAAACUUCCCAAGGAAAUGCUGUUAAUCCCGUUUGGGAAGAAGAACCUAUUGUUUUUAAAAAGGUUGUGCUGCCCUCUCUGGCCUGUCUCAGAAUAGCAGCAUACGAAGAAGGAGGCAAAUUCAUUGGUCAUCGGAUAUUACCUGUGGCAGCCAUCCGGCCAGGCUAUCACUAUAUUUGUCUAAGAAAUGAAAAGAACGUUCCUCUGACAUUGCCGGCAUUGUUUGUCUACAUAGAUGUGAAAGACUAUGUCCCCGACACAUUUGCAGAUGUGAUUGAAGCUUUAUCCAAUCCAAUCAGAUAUGUGAAUUUGAUGGAACAGAGAUCGAGGCAGUUGGCUGCGCUAACCUUGGAAGAUGAAGAAGAACUAAAAAGAGAGAUCGAAGCUGGUGAGGCACCAUCAGAAGCUAACAGUGAACCCAGGCCGGUGCCAGCAGAAAAUGGCUUGAACCAUGCUACAACUCUGACCCCUAAGACUUCAUCUCAAACUGCUCCCACUCAACCUGUUCCAGGUUCUGUCAAAGUUCCUGCCAAGACAGAAGACCUUAUAAUGAGUGUCUUAACAGAAGUGGAAGCUCAGACCAUUGAUGAACUGAAACAACAAAAGUCUUUUGUUAAACUUCAAAAGAAGCACUAUAAAGAAAUGAAGGACCUCGUAAAGAGACAUCACAAGAAAACCACCGAUCUCAUAAAAGAGCACACAACGAAGUACAAUGAGAUUCAGAAUGAUUACUUGAGGAGGAGGGCAAUACUGGAAAAGACUGCCAAACGAGACAGCAAGAAAAAGCAAAACAUUCUCAAGUGUUGUUCAGGCUUGAUUGCAUGUGAAGGUGGCAGUCCUGAUCAUAAUUCUUCAACCGUUGAACAAGAUUUAGCUGCGCUGGAUGCAGAAAUGGCUCAAAAAUUAAUCGAAUUAAAGGAACAGCAGCAGCAACAACUCCUUAAUCUCCGCCAAGAACAGUAUUAUAGUGAAAAAUAUCAGAAAAGAGAACAUAUUAAACAGCUAAUUCAGAAACUGACUGAUGUGGCCGAGGAAUGUCAAAACAACCAGUUGAAAAAACUGAAAGAAACUUGUGAUAAAGAGAAGAAAGAGCUGAAGAAGAAAAUGGACAAGAAAAGGCAAGAAAAAGUUACAGAAACAAAAUCAAAGGAUAAAAAUCAAAUGGAAGAGGAGAAGACAGAAAUGAUCCGAUCAUAUAUUCAAGAAGUGGUUCAAUAUAUUAAGAGGCUGGAAGAUGCACAGAGUAAGAGGCAGGAAAAACUCGUAGAAAAACACAAAGAAAUUCGCCAACAAAUACUGGAUGAAAAGCCCAAGGUGGAGCUAGAUCAGGAAUACCAAGACAAGUUCAAACGGCUCCCUAUGGAAAUUCAGGAGUUUGUCCAAGAGACAAUGAAAGGAAAACUUGGGGAAGAAGGAGAGCUUAGUUCUGCCACGACCAUCUUAACACCCGACAGUGCCAAGUCUCCGAAUUCAGGGAAUCACAAAAGACAGGACCAUGAUCAAGAAACAGAAGACGAAACUCCAGAGAAAGCGUUUGAUACGUCACUCUAACGGGCGACGGUUUAUCACUUUAUUUGAUUUUUGUGCUGUCAGGGCAUGCUGUUUACACGUCGUCUGUUAACUAUUGUCUACAAGGGGAAAUGCUCUGGCUAGAUUUUAAUGCCAGAAGCUUGGCACUCUGUUUGAGUGUGUAUUUCCAAGUGAAGCAAUUUCAUAUUACUUACAGCUAUGUAAAAACUCUCUUCUAUUCAGUUUUUAUUUCAUUUUUGGUGCAGUUAUUGUGCAAUAAUUAACAUGCACACUGCAUAAUGCUUGUUUUGUGUUAUUCGAUAACAAGGG